AUGACCUCGGACGCAAAGCCCGUCAUCAUCGUGGGCGCCGGCCUAGCUGGGCUGGUGGCAGCCUUUGAGUUGUCAUCCCAGCGCAAGGUACCAACCGUUAUCAUUGAUCAAGAAGGUGAGGCCAAUCUGGGAGGGCAGGCAUUUUGGUCUUUGGGCGGCAUCUUUUGCGUCAACUCUACAGAGCAGCGACGCCUGGGCGUGCGAGACUCACGCGAACUGGCCAUGCAGGACUGGAUGGGGUCUGCGCAAUUUGACCGGGGAGGCGACAAGGAGGGCGACGAGGACUACUGGCCGCGGAAAUGGGCCAAGGCAUUUGUCGACUUUGCCACCGAUGAUAUGGAGAGCUACGUCAAGGCACGGGGGAUGGGAUUCUUGUUCAAUGUUGGAUGGGCUGAGAGGGGUGACGGACGGGCCGACGGCCACGGCAACUCGGUGCCCCGAUUUCACCUGACAUGGGGGACGGGACCAGAGGUAGUACGUGUGUUUGCCGAGCCCGUUCGGGAAGCUGAACGCCAGGGACUUGUGAAAUUCCGCUUCCGUCAUGUGGUGGACGAGCUCAUUGUGGAUGACUCUGGUAGGGCAGUUGGCGUGCGCGGACGAGUUCUCGAGGACGACGGCAAGGAUAGGGGUGUCAAAUCGUCUCGUGUGUCCGUGGGCGACUUUGAGAUUCGUGGAUCGGCCGUCGUCGUGUCGACGGGAGGCAUCGGCGGCAACCCAGACGCAGUGAGGGCAGCGUGGCCCCUGGAACGAUUGGGUCCCAAAGUUCCCGAGCACUUUGUCGUCGGCGUACCAGCGCAUGUAGAUGGUCGCAUGAUAUCCAUCACCGAGAAGGCAGGAGCACGUGUCAUCAACCGCGACCGCAUGUGGCACUAUACUGAGGGUCUGCACAACUGGGACUCAAUCUGGCCGGAGCACGGGAUCCGGGUAUUGCCGGCCCCUUCAUCGCUGUGGCUGGACGCUUCGGGAAAGCGUCUGCCACCUCACCUAUUCCCUGGGGCGGAUACUCUGUCGACGCUCCGGCAUAUUUGCUCGACGGGGUACGACUACACGUGGUUUAUCCUAGACCAGACCAUUAUCGCACGCGAGUUUGCGCUUUCGGGAUCAGAGCAGAACCCAGAUAUUACAGGCAAGAGCAUUUGGCAGGUUCUUUACAACCGCAUCUUCAGCAAGCGCGGGACAGCCAACGUGCAAAACUUCCAGGAACAUGGCAAGGACUUUGUGGUGCGCGACAACCUCGAGGACCUGGUGGCCGGCAUGAACGAGCUGGCAAAGGACCGGGGAGGCCCCACCCUCAACGCCGCAGAUGUGCGACGUGUGGUGGACAUACGCGACAGCCAGUUCGACAAUCCCUACGCCAAGGAUGCGCAGGCCAUGCUUAUCCACAAUGCACGCACAUACUGGCCCGAUAAGCGAAGCCGUGUCGCCCCGCCUCAUCGCCUGCUGGAUAAAGCUCACGGUCCUCUGAUAGCGGUGCGCAUGAACAUCCUUACCCGCAAAAGCCUGGGAGGUCUGGAGACGGACCUGGGAAGCAAUGUUCGUCGCCCUGAUGGCUCGGCCUUCCCAGGUUUAUAUGCGGCAGGAGAGGCUGCUGGUUUUGGCGGCGGUGGCGUGCAUGGGUAUAAUUCACUCGAGGGCACCUUUUUGGGAGGGUGUAUUUUUUCUGCAAGGGAGGCGGGGAGGGCCAUUGCUGAGGAGAUUCUCGGUAAAGAUGCUCAUGUUUGA